AUGCGUGGAAUAUUUCAAGGUGAUAAACUCAGUGCACUCUGGUUCUGCCUGGCACUGAACUUCAUGAGCAAAUUACUUAACGAAGGCAACUAUGGAUAUGUCAUAGAUAAAAUAAAAAACAUUCGAAUUACUCAUCAAUUAUACGUAGAUGAUUUGAAACUCUAUGCUGCCAAUGAGGAACAGCUGAUGAGACUGCUAAGAAUUGUAACCUCAUUCUCGCAGACAAUAAAAAUGGAAAUGGGUUUGGAUAAAUGCGCCGUGAUACAUGUAAAGAGGGGUAAACUAGUGAGUGGAGAAGAGAUGCUCAUACAGAACGGAAUAACGAUUCAAAGACUUGCAUCAGAUGAAACUUAUAAAUAUCUUGGGGUCCAACAAGCUUUGGAAAUAAAAACAUCUGAUGCAAAAGCUUCAUUCCAACAGAAAUUCUUCGACAGAGUUAAAAAAAUUCUGAAAAGCAAACUAAGCUCCAAGGCUAUGUUCACGGCAAUAAAUAUAUGGGCGGUUCCUAGUCUUGCCUACUCCUUCGGUGUUAUAAAGUGGUCCAAUACAGAACUAAAAGCGAUCGACACAAAAGUAAGAGUUCUCAUGAGCAAAUACGGUAUUCACCAUCCCCACGCAUCUAUCAAUAGAUUGUACAUGCCUAGACACUCUGGCGGCAGAGGUCUACAGAACAUCGAGAUCACUCAUCAGAAAGCAGUGACAGAACUUAGAAAAUAUUUUCAAUCAAGAAACUCACCUUUUUUUAAUAUCAUAUGCAGAGAAGACCAUAACAUCACGGCCCUAAAUCUAGGAUGUACGACGGAUCCACCUCAGAUGUUGACACUUGCAGCAUUGUCCGAAGAAUGGUACAGCAAGCCCCUUCACGGAAGAUAUCCAGCAGCACUGAAAGAAAAGAAAGUCAAUCAACAACAUUCACUCACUUACCUUACAUCGGGUUACCUAUUUCCGGAAACGGAGGGACGCAUUGCUGCUAUACAGGAUCAGGUCGUGCCAACGAGAGCGUAUAUGAAGGGGUCUGGAAAAAAUAUACCUACCGAUAGAUGCCGUAAAUGUGGCCAAGCUCGCGAGACAAUCCAGCAUAUCACCUCGUCCUGCUCCAUUCUGGCGCCCAAAGAAUACACGAACCGCCAUAAUGCAAUGGCGAAGGUAUAUCACCAAGCCAUUGCUAUUAAAACUGGCCUCAUAACCGCCAUGAAGAAAACUCAUGAGUACAAACCUGCAACCGUACUAGAAAACCGAAGCUUCAAAAUAUACUGGGACAACACAGUUGAGACAGAUAGGAGAAUACCACACAACAGACCGGACAUCGUACUGUUUGACAAAGAAAACCGAAAAGUCAUCAUAAUAGACAUAACUGUACCAGCCGACGAUAACAUCAGUAGAGCGUACUCUGAAAAAGUAAACAAAUACCACGAUCUUGCCUUUGAAAUGAAAGAAAUAUAUGCACUGAAAACGGUCUCAGUUCUCCCCUUGAUAAUCAGCACCAACGGACUUGUUGAAAGCCAUUUAGUUGAUAACACCAAAUCCCUAGAACUUGAUUUGAACAUCAUUAGCACAGCGCAGAAGGAAGUACUGCUGUGGACAGCUAGGAUAGUGAGAAUGUUCCUGACAACGACCUAG